ACCCAAGGAGAUAAAUAUUACUUACAGCCCAAAGGAAUUUCCGUGGAUUUGCUCCCAGGAUAUUGCGUUUUCUUUUGGUCUUAAGGAUUACUACUCCCGUAGAGAAGGCCGUUUUCUCUUAAUUCCUUUCCUUUUAUCUCUGUCACUCUUAGAAAUCCAGUCCCAGGAAGGACCGUAAUCUGUCGCAUACCAUGCAUAAUGUGGCAGCGUACGGAUAUCCCACGCCUCCGGCAUCGCCAUCCUACGAUAAUACGAAGUGUGCUUUUCAACAGCCACCGCUCCCAAUCCCUCAAGCUUGCCAGCCUCGAUACACUCCGGUUGCCCCAGAAGAAAGACUAGGAAAGUUCCUUGGAGAAAGUCUGCAGUUGAUAGGAAUAAUUGGAACCGGUGCCUAUGGCGUGGUCUACCUGGCCGUCGACAUGAAGACUGGAGUACGAUAUGCCGUGAAGACCCUCAGCAAAUUUAACGCCGACGGCUCACCUCUGGAUCGGCGACAAAUUACGUUCCAGCACCGUGAGCUACGGUUGCACUAUCUGGCUUCGGCACACCCUAACGUUGUUUCCAUGCACAAGAUUGUUGACGACCCAGAUUGCAUAUAUGUUGUCCUGGAAUAUUGCCCGGAAGGUGACUUGUUCCUCAAUAUCACAGAAAGAGGACAAUACGUGGGUAAGGAUGAAUUGGCCAAGAGUGUAUUCCUCCAAAUCCUGGACGCCGUUGAACAUUGCCAUAACCUGGGCAUCUAUCACCGCGACUUGAAGCCAGAGAACAUCCUAGUCUCGAACCACGGGGACACAGUCAAAUUGGCGGACUUUGGCUUAGCAACUUCAUCUGAUCGAUCUGAAGAUUAUGGAUGUGGUUCGACUUUUUACAUGUCACCAGAAUGUCUGGACCCGUCAUCCCGGAGGCCAUUCUAUUACUGCGCCCCUAAUGAUGUAUGGAGCCUUGGAGUCAUCCUGGUGAACUUGACCUGUGGCCGUAACCCAUGGAAGCAAGCCUCUUUUGAAGAUUCCACAUACCGUGCCUAUACCAGGAGGCAGGAUUUCCUAAGGACCAUAUUACCAUUGUCAGAUGACCUCAACAACAUUCUAGGACGGAUUUUCACCCGCAACCCAGAUGACAGAAUUACGUUACCAGAUCUCCGGAACAGCAUCCUCGCCUGUUCCAACUUUACGAUUACCCCUGCAGCUCCUGCCCCUCAGGUCCUGCCGACGCCGCCCACCUCACCUGGGCCUAUCGAAUACGUUGAUUGCGAAGACGCCAUUAUCGAGGACUUUGGCUACGACGCACCUACCUCGCCCACCCCUGAUUCCGACACGGAAUCCACAUGUUCAUCAGACGAAGGAUCCUUGACCUCGAGCGUUUCCACCAUCGACGAUCUUGACGAGGACGACUUUGCCAUACCGGACGACGAAAUUUGCCCAAACCAGGAGCCUCGUAUGUAUGAUGCCGAGGAACCUAGAAUGAUGUUCCAUCAGGAGUUUAUUCCACAGUAUUCAGGAUCCGCGGUUGAGCCCUGCCAACCCUGUCAGCCCUGCUCAGCCCAAGCUCCUGUGCAGAGUAGUUGUGUGCCAGCCAAGUUCGCCUUCCCAUAUUUCUGGGAGAUGGUGAACAGGUACACACAACCUACCCCCAUACACCAUCCUAUUCCUUUCCAUCCACAGGUUCCUCUUUUCUCCAACUUCCAGGGAUGCUAUUAGCUGCGACUGAUUAAUGUGUCACUGGCUUCCGCAAUGAAGACAUUUCACAUAAGAUCACGUUCGCUUUUAUUGUAUUCCUGAAAUCAGGCCAUAAUUUAUUUUUAUUGGAAAGCCUGGCCACAGGCUUGGACCUUCAUAACUACCAUGGACUUUUUCUAUUUUCGACAACUACUCAACCUGAUAUUACGUUGUAAUACACACAUACCCAUUGGAGCCUCCUAGGAUUUUCAGCCGGAAAUACUUAGUUGAUAUUUGGAACCCAAAACAAACAAACCAAAAAGGGGUCGCAUAAUCCCCCCCACUACUUGCGAC